AUGAGUGGAGUUCUGAUCUCCCUGCCCUUUCCAUCCGCUUUCUCAACACAAACCGUCCUCAAAACGGCCGACGAUAAUGAUCAGGCAAAGAAUGAGGAAGAAGUCGACACAGUCAUGAACGGUGUCGGCGCUGCUGCAGGGCCUCAGAAUGUUGCUGUCGACAAAAACUCCGAACCUGCUCAGUCCGCUAGCAAGAGCCCCUCUCACACACCAUCGAACACGAAUCCAACAGAACCCACGUCCGAACCUGCAGCUGUAGGUUCACCUGAAGAUCGAAUUAUGGACAAAGUCGCCACGAUCGAUACUGCUGGUAAUGAAAAUGGGGUGGCAGCUGCAGCUGCAGCUGCAGCGGCCGAAGCUGACGGGGAUUCAGAAGCUGAAACUCUGAUCCAAUCCCCUGAGAAGCAGCGAACCAACGCCGACACCACUUCCGUUGCUGGGUCUCAACAUACCGAGCGUGAGCGAGCCAAGGAAGAUGAUUCUCCAAGCAGAGCAACCGCGACCGACUCGGACAACCGAUCGAGAAAGCGCAAGCGGAGUCUGAUCGACCACAAAGACGACGAAAACUCUCUCUCGUCCAGCCGCCAUAGCUCACCUUUAUCAUCGCCCAGGGCUCCGACCCAUUCUCCAGAUAGUGAUUCAGAUUUAUCCAGUCGCAUUGAAUUACACCACCCCAGAUCAGGCCUGCAGAGACGUCCAAGUGAUCCUGCGGCUGAUUCCGAUGAUGCCGAGGACAAAUCAGUCCAGAUCCAAACCCGCAGACGCCGCCCCAGCGACCUAUUACCCCCCAUUAGCAAACAUCGCAACAAAACUCAUAAUUCUGGCCCAGAUCCUGGUUCUUCUGAACGGCGAGAAACCAGGUCUGCUACCUAUCCCCGCCAUUCAUCCAACGAACGGUCGCCAUCACCCAGACCACCAGUUCGAAGAGAACACAGGCGUGGCGUAUCUACUCAAUUAACUCUUGGCGAUGUCGAGCGGAAGAAGCGAGGACGGCCACCAGCAAUCAAUACCAAAAGAAGCGGCUCUGCAGAUCGCGUGCCUUCUCCAUCUGACUCUGAUUCCGACUCUCCUCAAACUAGACCACCCCUCAAUAAAUUGUCUUCUGCAGACCAUGACGCCAUGUCUCCCGCAAAAGCCUCAGGUCCCCGCAAAAUUCGGGACAAAAACGGUCGUACUGCGCUUUCAAGGGCUUGCAACGCCAACGAUCUUGCCUCUGCACAAGCAAAGUUUGCAGAACGACCGCAAGAUCUGAAUCUAGCUGACAAUGCGGGAAACACACCCCUACAAAUCGCAUCUCUGAUGGGAUUUGAGGAUAUCGUUAAGUUUCUAUUGGAAAGCAAUGCAGAUGUGGAUACACGAAAUAUCGACAAGGAAACACCACUUAUCGACGCGGUGGAAAAUGGGCACCUUGAGGUGGUUCGGCUCCUGCUUCAGCAUGGAGCAAAUCCUCGAUUGGGCAACGCUAAGGGCGAUGAACCAUAUGAGCUUGUUCCUCUGGACGACCCGAACCACGCAGAGCUUAGAAGGCUCCUCGCUGAUGCACGGGAGAACAACACCAACCGACGGAAAUCCAGUGACCAGGUUGAAAUCGCGCAAGACCGAAACUCCUCCAGAGCGGCCUCAGCAGCCAGCCCACGAGAUUCUCCUCCGAUCAACGGCCCUCGUAGCCCACCGAAUCCAACUCAACGACGAAGAACUGGACGAAGCGAAUCAACGCGUAAUGAUCUCCUCUGGCAAGCAAAUACACAGGAGAAUCUGACUCGCCUGGCCGCAAAGGGUGAUGUUCAGGGUGUGGCGAAUAUCCUCAACAUUCUGCAAAAGGCAGAAACAGAGUCGCUGAUUGCUGCUGCCAAAGCUGGACAUGAAGAAGUCCUUCAAUACUUGCUUGGCAUGGGCGACCCAGAGACCGACCCAGAUCCGCUUCGCCAUCUCAAGGCGGGAUACAAUACACCGGUAUUGGCAGCAAUCGGACGCGGGCAUCCCGAGGUAGUAAAAUUGCUUGUCGAGCAGUCAGGCUUUGAUCCGACAAAAAGGAUUCUUAAAGGGAAGUCCUACUACGAGAUCGCAUCAGAGAGAAAGGGUGAGCAGUGGCAGAAGGAAGUUGAUAUUCUGAAAUCUGCGUACGAUAAACAUGCCACUGGAAGAUCCAGGAAGGGAGCGUCUCCAAGAAUGACUCGGGAUUCUGACAAGCAGAAAAGCCGGCCAGUUCGCCGUUCGCAGUCUCCGAUUUCCAGCAAAUUGCGCAAUUCCACCUCUUCCAGUCCCACUCUGACACAUAAAUCGCUGCCCAAUAAAUCGCCACAAUCCUCGCAGAAAGGUCGGGACCGUGAGUCUGGCUCAACCGAUGGUGGUAAUCGACGUAAGCAUCUACCCGCACGACGAGAAAUUGGUGAUCCGGCAGUGGCUGUUUCUUCAGAUCAAGAUCAAACGGUCGCCGCACCCAGAAAAAGUCAUGUUAAGAGAAGGAGUCAGAGUGACUUGCCACAGGCUUCCCAGUUGGACCUCGACAGCGCUCAUCGGAGAAGACGUCUUGUGAGUGGGAAGGAACAUCGUCGGCGCAAGAGUAUAGUGGAGGAGGAAGCUUCUGGAGAAGAUGACUCUAUCAUUGCAGUGAAAACUGAAGCGAGAUCGAGCACCAUACUCAAACGACAAAGGGAGAGCUUUUCACCACCUGCAGACGUUGCUGAAGAAGAGGGAACUGGUCGGAGUAUCACGAAGAAACGAAGGACUGUGGUGGAAAGCAGCCCUGAAGAGUCACGGCCAGGUCCGAAGAAGAGGAACAAUCAAUCCUUGAGCUCCUCAGUUGAACAAAACUCCGAACACAUCCCAAGUGAAGAUGAAAGACCAAAGCGCCGGAAGCUUUCAAAAAACGAUCAGAAUGUUCCUCUAAGCGACAAAUCUAGAGACGAAAUGCUUGUUGAUAAACCAGAAGAGACUUCCCAAGCUGAUAAUGGCCAUGAUGUUAGCAAAGAAUCCAACGACAAACAUGCGAAGCCCCUUGCCGAGGAAGUGGAAGUCCCAGUAAAGUCGGAGCCUGUGGACACGGGUCCCACGGAAGCUGAACUCGAGCUGAAGAGAGAAGAGGAGGAACGUAAAGCUGCCGAAGCCAGAAGAGCAGAAGAAGAUCGUCUUGCUGCUGAGAAAGCCGCCGAAGAACAGAGAAUUGCAGAGGAGAAAGAACGCAUCAAAAAAGCCGAGGAAGAAGCCGAGCGAAAAAGAAAAGAGGAAGAGGAACGGCAGGAGCGCAUCAGACGGGAGCUGGAGGAGAGGCAACGCCGUCAAGAGGAACAGCUUCGAUUAGCACGACUUGAAAUCGAACGACGGCGACGCGAAGCACUCCCUGCCCUGUUGUGUCGCACCGCUUUUCUCAUCGACAAUGAACCAUCAACGUCGAAGAGCGUACCCUGGCUUUCGAGGUUUUUGCCCCUUUUCACGGCGAAAUUGAGCCAGCUUGAUAAUGAAUCAUCCGUUGUGGAACAUGAUAGCCUGUGGGUACCCAACUUUCAAGUUGCCGGAUUGCUGGCAACCAAAGAUCUCAAUUUGCGUAACUACACAUCACUCGACAAGAGGCCUGUGACGCCUGCACAACGGCAGAGCUUAUGGAGAGUAUCAAGGAAUAUGCUCUCAUACGACUACGAUACUAACUCUCUGAACACGACGAUCAAACAAGCGAACCAGAAGGAGGAGGAAGAGAGACCCAAGUUUUUUGCCAUGGAGGAACUCUUCUGGGUGAAGCUUUCUGACUUCAACGAUCAACUCUUCCGGCAUCCUCAUCUGAACUCAUUGAGCCUCAAGAAACAAGCCAUAAGUUUGAGGACGAUUGGAUCAUACACCCCAACUGCCCAUUCACCUCAAACGAACGGGUUUCCUUCUUCAUCACCACCUAAACUUACGAAUGGAGUCAAUCCUCUCGUUCCGCCCACCUUGUACAGCAAUGGAUACACUCGCUUAUGA